AUGUCAGGCAUCAGGGUACUGCUACAGAAAAUCCUGAUCCUUCUGCAGGUUACUCUGUCUGUUGUGGUGGGCAAAACACUGAUGAUACUGUUCCCCAAUGCCAUGAAAAGAUACAUCCUAAAGAUGGGUGAAAAGAGCAGAAUGAACAAGAAUCCAAAGUUCAGCUACGAAAACUGGGGCCCGACUUUUUUCAGCUUCAAGUAUUUGCAGUUUGUGCUGAAGGUGAAGUGGAAGAGGCUGGAGGAUGAAGCCUACGAGGGACACCCUGCUCCCAACACACCAGUGGUGACCCUCAGCGGGGAAGUUUGUCACCUCCUGGAUUUCAUGAAAGAUAACCGACCUUUAAUCCUGAACUUUGGAAGCUGCACCUGACCUUCAUUUAUGCUAAAAUUUGAUGAGUUCAACCAGCUUAUCAAAGAUUUCAGUUCAAUAGCAGAUUUCCUUAUCAUCUACAUUGAGGAAGCUCAUGCAGUAGAUGGAUGGGCUUUUAAAAACAAUGUCAUUAUUAAAAAUCACAGAAGCCUUGAAGAUCGAAAAAUUGCAGCACAAUUUCUUCAGAAAAAUCACCCUCUAUGUCCAGUGGUUUUAGACACUAUGGAAAACCUGAGCAGUUCAAAAUACGCUGCGCUGCCAGAGCGACUCUACAUGCUUCAGGGAGGGAAAGUCAUCUACAAGGGAGGAGUGGGGCCUUGGAAUUACCACCCCCAGGAAAUACGUGCCAUCCUGGAAAAACUGAAAUAG